CCUCAGUUAUCUCUUCCCUCGUGGAUAGUCUCGGGAUUCAAAAUCUGGUAAGUUAACUCAUUGAUUUUAUCAUUUACAAAGCUACGUGAAAGUGCAAGACGAGUUAUGAAAGAUCCUUUAAGUUUCAAAAUCAAUCCUACCACUGGGACCUCGCCAUCGCUCGGUGAUGAGCUAUCGGUAAUUCAGAAACUAGUAAGCCUGUGCUAGAUAUUCUGAUAUUAUGCGCCCGAUUAAAGAAAUUCUCAGAACACUUUUUUUGGGCUAAGAAACUUCGACGUAGGAAGGCUGCAGAUCCUAACCUUUGCCCCAGAUGCAAUUCCACUUUACAUUCUUUGAGCUCUAAGUUACACCGCCCCAUUCAAAUGCUGAGUUUUAUCCUUUCUUGAUUUCGUGAAAGCUAGUGAGAGGGGAACUAACUACAACCUAAAAUUCUGCGCUAUUCUUAAUCUCCCUCGAGAAUAAAAUAUAUAUUUCGUCACUAUAAGUUCUUCUUUUUCUUCUAGCCCAGUUUCACUUAAAUAAAUACAAGGUCCUCCUAAAUAAUUUUUAAGAAAUCGAACCUGAGCUUCGAUAUUUCAUAAAAUUAAUUGAGUAACCUAAGGCAACAAAAGGCAAGCCCGCCUCAAGAAACAUCCUGCCCGGUAAAAAAGAUAGAAACGAAAUGUUGUGAGUAAAAACUAUUGUUUAAGGCCUCGGUCAGCUCUCUUUAUAGUUCUUUAUACAAUGUAAUUAUGAAUUGAAAAUUGAGCAAAGCGAUCAUGUUAAUAAAAUGUCACUUAUGGCCACUGGCUGCUCUGUUUCUAAAGUCCUUGAGUCAAAAACAGUCUCACACCUUCAUCAGUUGGUAUAGACAUGUCAUAGAAAGGUUUCACAUAAUGCUACAUUUUUUUUCUUUCUCGAUUCCAAAGUUUAUUUGCUUUUCUUGCCGCGGGGUUUAAACUAUUGACAUUUUCAUUGCCAUUAAGAAUUCAACAAAGAAAUCAGUCCUUCAGAGAAGUUUGAGCCACUAGUAAAAAACCGCGGUCACAGUUAACUUAUAAUUAAGGGGCUUGCAAAAUAUUUUGCCUAUGUUCUUUUUAACUUGUUGCACUUUUUUUUUCGCGCUGACCGAGCGGCCCAUACAUUGCUUAAAAAUGCAUUUUUAACAAAUCUUUACCAAAAAUGACUUAAUGAAUAUUUUGGUUUUAAUGUAAAAUGUACACAAUUCCCUGUUCCCUAUUCCCUGCCGACAAAGCUAAACGAUUUGACCUAUUUUGAAGCCUAAUGAUAAAGUUUUAAAACCAAUUCUGACAUUGAAACAUAGCUCAUGACAAGUGCUGAAAACAGAGUUUCGGAGCCUCCAAAUUUGAAAAUUUUUCUGGGAGAAGAUAACCCUUAGACCCCCCUUACAAGGCUCGUGCCUUCGCCACUCGCGAUAAUGCCCCCCCUCCCCGUUACAAAAAACCUAACUACGGACCUCCAUGAAUGAACAAAAUGCAUGGUUUUAAGUUUGCAGCUAACAGAAAAGUUAAACUUAACAAAUAAAGGUAUCUCUUUCUUGGAAUGGACCGAGAGAUUAAACUUAAAACAAGAGAAAAUGAUGAUCUUAUUGCGCUGGAAGUAAGUUCUGUUACUACAACUGUAACAGAACUCACUUCCAGCGCAAUAAGAUCAUCAUUUUCUCUUGCUAAUAGGGUACGGUUUAGUAAACUAGGGCAUUUUAUUAUUUGAAAGGGCUUUUGAUCUGGUUGUGAUCUGAUAUUAGGAAAACCUGCUAACAACUUAAAGUUACUUAACAUGCAAAACAUGGAUUUCUUGUUUUUGUUUACAGGAUCACCAUGCGCACGCCAUUAGUUUGUCUUAUUUUCCUGAUUUGUAUCUUGGCAAUUGAAGCUAAGUCUAGAUGGAAAAAAGGUAAGACAUAUAUUAGAAAUGAAAUUUAUUGGUCAAUUAAUUCUACAUGAACAUGCCUCUUCAGUGUGGCGUGUGUUCCGAUCAAGUGGAAUAAAGCAAGUGGCUUAAUGAAUAAAGUGAAGGGUUAUUGCUGAACGCGAAGCACCUUAAUACUCAACCCUUCAACUUCAGUACAGUAAAACCCCGUUAAUACGGUCACUUAGGGGACCAUGGAGAGUGUCUGUAUUAAGCGGGUUGAAUUUAGAGAAAAUGUGAGGGCUUUUUUUCCUCAGGGACAAAGCAAACUGUCCGUAAAAAUGAGAUGUCCGUUGAGCGGGGUUGGACUGUACUUCGUUGAUUUUUGAAGCGAUUUACUUUGCCAGACAGUUUUCUUUAAAAUUGAUUUUUUCAUCUUUUUUUUUGCUCAGAAAAAGCUGAAGUGAGAGAUCUUGAGGAGGCACUGGAAGAUCUAAGGAAAUCAGGUACACUGAUCAGGGGAGCUUGUCUUCUGUUGUCUCCCCUUCUAUAAUCAUGAUCAUUCCCACCUUCAUCAUCAUACGAUCAGCAUCAUAAUCCCGAUCACCAUUGUCGUCGAUUUUAUGGCUAUCAUAGGAAUAAUGGCAGGAGCCUAUUUAUCUCUUGUAAUAAUAAUAAUCAUCAUCAUCAUCAUCAUUAUAAUUUUCAUCUUCAUGACAAUCCUUAUCUUGCUAAUUAAUGUCAGCAUCAUGUCUUUUCGGAAAGAUUAAAAGUAAAUACUAUUUGCGUUUGUACAAUAUAUAAUGGAUAUAGUUAGGAGAUGAAAGAUCCUUCUACCAUGUGAACGCAUCUAUUUCCGUUUCUACUCCUAAUCAACACUAUGUGAACCCAUAAAUGAAAAUCAAUCAUUUAUCAUUUUUUUUGUAUUUUAAAUUAGAAAUUACUUCUAAAGGAAGCAAAAGAACAGGCCAUCUUAAAGAGACUUUGAAAGCUCUUACCGAGGAAGGUAGGGUCAAAACUAUAGGAAAAUGAGUUGAGCCGCAUUUUCUCUUAAUUGGCUUGUUGAAAUUUGUAUCUCACUGUAUAAAUCCCUGAUAUUGAUCAUGACUUCUCAACCACUUGGCUGAAACCAACAGUAGGAAUCAAACGCGUCCAGCGCCACCUAAAGUAGAAAUGCCAGUGGGCUGGUUUUUUUUUCCAAAUAGCGGCUGGCAAAAAGAGCUUAUCAUGCUGUUCUUCAUCCACGCUGAAAGUGAUUCCUGAUGACCUGACUGUACAUUUAAGAGCCGCUCUUUUAUUCUGAGUGCUUUCUCUCAGCUGAUAAUAGUAAGCGAAGAGUGUUUUGGUGUUGACACGAUGAGAAUAAAUUCAGGGAAGCGGUAAAGGCCCUUGAGCAUCAGAUUCUGAUGCCUGACUGUGACUUCAACGAGAUUCAAACUCAUGCCUCUGCGUUAGCGCUGUAGUGCUCCACCAACUGAGCUAUGAAGACCCAUACAUUGGGAGAGUUUGUUGAGUUGAUCUUACCCGUGAAAGGAAUGAACAUAGAAUGAAGAUGAUGUGAACUGCGGAAAUACAAUUUAAAUGAAGAUAUGAUCGUCCCAGUGGUAAUUGUAAUUUAAGCAAUUGCAAAUUAAUAAACCCGCAAAAUUCAUAGCUUCGGAAAUUCAACGGGAUUCGAACUCAUGGCCUCUGCGUUUAAAAAUCAUUAUUUACUAAUGACUGAAUUAAAUAGUCAUAUAGCAGCUUGAUUGCUUUGUUUUGGGGUUGGCUCAAUAUCGGUUUGGUAUAGUGUAUGUAUUUUCCGAACCAAGUAUGUUAAACCAUAAGUGCCGAUUUAUAUAUAGUUGCGUUCUUAAAUAUAAGCCUCUCAAGUCAGCCCAAUUUUUGGUUAGGGUGUUUUUACAACCGAAGUUCGGUAAAGUUGGACCACCAUGUUUGACCUUUCAACUUGGCUAAAAAGGAGGACGCAAAUGCUUCCAGGAGCGGAAAGCGCCCUGAAAAGACAAUAAAAAAGAGACAUAUUCAAAGACUCGGCACUUACAGUUGGAAAUUUCUCAAAUUUUAUUGUUCUUUUGUAGAAUCAGACCCAGCAAGUGGAAACGGUGAACUCAGCCCCGAGGACUACUGAAAAUGUUACCAAUCUUAAGAUAGCUAGAUAUGUUGUAUUUAGCAUCGUUUCUAAAGCUUUUGUAACAUACUGAGAAUCUAUAUUGUUUACUUUUUUUCAUCCUGGUAGUGUAGGAGAAACGGGUUCCCUUUUUAGCAGUCAAGUGUUUCUUUUAUUUCGAAUCUGCCAGUAAAACAAUAUCACGGCAUUUCUUUGAAAGUGCACUAUACAAUCAUUAGCAAAAAAAAAUUAAGAGGUACUUUACUACAGUGAAUACUCCAAAGGCCACUCAUUCUCGUCCACAGAGCCCGUCCUUUGUUUUGGUCAAUCCGAGUGGCUCUGGGGACGUAUAUAAAUAGAAACUUUUUCAAUUCCUGGUCAUUUUUAUUAUCCUCUUUAGAAAUGUUUUGUCCUUAUUUCUGCAUAAUUUAUGGCUCUUAUCCAGACUUUGACAUGUAUUUUCAAAUAGUUUUUGGAGCUUUCUUUUCUUAAGGUAGCAGUAACUGUGUUACAGAAAUUUUACAAUUUUCUGGCCUUGAAAACUCAAGGUCAUUCUCGUUGAGGGUCGUAAAAUCCUUCAAGUCGGGACAAACGAGAUGACAUGUCGUAGGGUAAUAUUCCCUCAACGUCUUUCCUUGAGUGCACUGAAUGGGAUGAUGUUACUCUGUAAAUCCAAAAGAAUUGUCUACGUGGGGAUUUUUAGUUUUUAAAUUAAGGACGAUGAGAUACAAUGGAGGCUGCUCUACCAGACUACCAGUCUUUCGAGAUAAUUCCCCGGACGAGCAUUUACUCACCAGUUCCCUUCUCGGCCCGUUCACCCCUAUGUAUACCUCUAAUACUAUAUAACAAACCUCGACUUGACUGACUGAAAAGGGAAUCUACUCUUAACUGUAAGGCUCAGGAUUUGGACCACGGGCUGAAAAAAGUCCAAGAGAGGACUUGAAUAGAUAUUCAGUUGAUAGGGCUGUUUUUUUUUUUCUGAGAUGGCUGCACGAAGGUCUUGGCUAAAUUUUCACCUUGGGACUAGAAAAAUCCUCUUACUUUACAGUGUACCAUUGUAUUAAAUCUUUACACAACAGCUUUGAUCAGCUGCUUUAUUGUAGUUAGUAUUGAAGUAAUUGACCUACUUAUCAUGCAAAUAAACCAGACAAACUGACUAUUUACAGCC